GCAGCUGCCUAAAAAGCGACAUUACGGAAGUGCGUCGACAGCAGCAUUGGCAUAGAGAGUCUCUUGAUAUCAUACGUUUGCUGCGACGACGCUUCGCCAGUGGUGCGCCACCGCUGCCCAGCAAUUUGGCAUCGCCAUCUAGCCUGCAGCAGUGCCGCAGCGGCGCAGCGAUGGCCAAGAAGAAGCGCCACACGCCGCGCGGCAAGGCCAAAUCAACAGCCAAAACUAGCAACCCCUUCGACGCCGUCGGUAAUAAGAGGAAGCGUCCCGUCGCGCUGAACCAUCGGGCGAAAGGAGCGGUGCGCGAUGUGGGACGAAGCAGGGCCAAGGGCGACGAGCGGAGACGAAGGGGUCUACUGAAGGAUUUAGCAAGAGAAACGCGCGAGAACGUCUUCGAGGAUCAGAGAUUAGGCGAAGGUUUAGAUGAAGACGAUGCCAUGUUGUUGCGGUUCCAGCGCGAGCGCACGAAGCGGACGCGGACGUCGCGACGAGGUCUGGAUGAAGAGCUGACGCACGGCGGCAAGCCGCUGUCCGAUGCCGCUAUUAGUGCCGCUUUCUUUGGCGAUGAAGGUGAGGAUAGAAGGGCGAAGGAGUCUGUACAAGAACAUUUCGGCACGGGCGACGACUACGAGAAGCGCGACUUCGUCGGGGACAUGAUCGCGCAGACCAAACAAGAAAGAGAAGAAAGACAACAAGCCAACGAGCAGCUCGCCCGGGACCGGGAGGCCCUGGACGCGUCUUUUGGGGACCUGGCCCAGUCCUUGUCUUUUCGCGCCAACAAGCCGGACCGCAACGAUGACGACGACGACUACGAUCGGGAUUUGCGGGCCUUGGCCACGGAGCGACGCGUCAGGGCCACGGAUCCGUCGAUCGCGCCGGCGGAAGCGGCGCGGGCGCGCCUCGACGCUCUCAAAAGAAGGGAGGCGCAGCGCUCUUCAAGAAUUGAAGGGCGCAAGGCGGAGCAGACGAAUAAAGAUCCACAUGAUCCUUGGUCGCGGGACCCGUCGGACCCUUGGUAUGGCAUAAUAAAGCCGGAGGGCUACAGCUCGUCGGAGGACGACGUCGUGGAAGAAGAGGAGGAAAACGAGAUCCCCUACGUGUUUGAUGCCUGCCCUUCCACGAGCGAUGAAUUGCGGGAGCUGGUGCGGAGCGUCGGGGCGACGUCCGAGGCGGACAUCGGAAGAGUAGUACGUAGAAUAGCGUGCUGCCACGCUCCGGCACUUGGAGAUGUGGCCAAGUACGAGGGCUUUGUCAGGGCGCUCUGCGGCGCUUUGGUGGAUGCGGGCGACGAUCUCUGUAAUGGUACUGGUAUGAAGAAUGAGGUUGAGGCCCUAGCUCAUACGUUGUCCGGCGUCCUCGUAGCUUUGGAGCCGGAGCGCGCCGCGGAGUGCAUUGAAGAGGCUUUGAUUGACGAGGGCAUGUCUCCGGGCGCAUGCCUCGCGCUGCGCGUGGUCCUGAAGGAAGAAUCUUUAUUAUGUUCGGCGGACGACGAGGCGCCUCGGUUAGCCUACCGUUCAAUAGUGAAGCUGGCGCAAUCAUUAGAUGAGAACCGCGCUCCACAAACUUGCGGAGAGGUCGGUAUUGGCUUGCUACGGUGCCUGACAGUUAUGGAGGCGGCGGGCAUCAACGCCGAGGGGCGGACUUGGUGGGUGCCCGAGGCCUUUGCGUUUCUCCAGACGGUCCUCGGUGAUAUCGAAAAGUGCGGCCUCGCCUCCGCUUGUGCCUGGCGCGGCGCCAAUCCGCCGCAGAUAGCGAUUGAGGACCUAAGCCAGGAUACGUCAUCAACGAGGUGCGCUUCCCUAAUCGCGGGCGCGGCGUCGCUGGCCGUCGAGGCCGUGGCCUUCACGGUUUCCGACGCGAACCGGGGCGCCGCUUCGGCGUUCGUCGAUCCGCUCGUCAAGGCCGCCACGGCCGCGCGGGAGCUGCUGGCGGCGCGCGGCGCCGCGCCUUCACUGUUAAAAACGCUCGACGCCUGCCUGGCUUCCCUGAAUAGUGUGGAUGCGUCCGAACCGGACGCGGACGUUAUCAUAACCGCGCCGGAAACGCUCGAGCCGCGCCUCGAGGCGCACACGAUCGGCUCCAGGCUCACGGAAAAAACGCCAAAGGGCGAGCUCAAGAAAUUGAAAAGACAGGUGCGCAAGGAGCAUAGGGGAGCGGUGCGCGAGCUGCGGCGCGACGCGGAGUUCCUCCGCGCGGAGCGGUCGCGGCGCAAGGCCGGCGACCGCGGCUCGAAGCAGGACGAGCGCCAGGCGAACUACGCGUGGCUCCAGACGCAGGCGCAGAACGGGUGGUCCGGCAAAUAAGUAGCUAG